AUGAUGCGCAAGCUUGCACCUACUGGAAUUGCUGCUGCUGAAAUAGAUGGCAUGACAAUGCAUUCAUUUUUAGGUGAGCAUCGUAAUUCAGGAAAGCCACGCACCAUCAAACCAGGUGAUUCAAAACUCGAAAAAGAAUGGGGACUUGUUGAAUAUCUCUUAAUUGAUGAGAUGAGUAUGGUUGGCUUAACUUUACUUGCAAAACUCAAUCGAAUUAUUUCCGCUGCCAAACAUGUCGAUCCUCAAAUUCCAUUCGGUGGUGUGAAUGUUAUUUUUUUCGGUGACUAUUUACAAUACCGACCUAUAUAUGCUGUACCAUUGUACACCGAUUUUUCAUUGCCGUCUAAAAAGAAGUCAGGUAAAUUACCUACUGAAAAAGAAAUUCAACAACGUAUGCGAACAGAAGAUACACGAUAUCUUCAAUUGCUCGAACGACUUCGUCAAGGACAAUGUAAUUUCGACGACUAUGAAUUAUUACUCACACGCGUCGUUGGGCAACCAUCCGUGAGUUCUCUUCGUGAAUCACCCUGGAACAAAGCUCCGAUUCUUGUGUUUCGGAAUGAAGUGCGAACACAAAUAAAUCACAAAGCAGCAAUUCAAAAUGCAGCACAAUUGAAUUGUGCACCGAUAACAGAGCAUUUACCCGGUUUGUUACCACUUGUUCCUGGAAUGCCUGUUAUUUUAACACAAAAUAUUGCUAUUGAACUGGGUCUUAUUAACGGCAUGAAUGGAAUCUUUCGACAAUUAGUCUACCAGGCUGAUUCUGUAUCAACAAAGGCUCUGUCAAACAUAUUUCCGAACAACACACAGUACGUGCAUCGGCCUUUAUAUGCAUUAAUUGAAAUUAUCAGAUCGAAAAUUGAGUGUAAUCUUGAAAGUCUUCAACCAAAACUUGUCCCAAUACCAAUAAUGGAACAAACAUUUCGUGUCGACAUUUCUGAUAUUCUUCCAAAAGACAAAUAG